AUGACUGAGGUUCAAUGGUUGUUGAGUCUUAAUCUGAACCCACUUCAGCUCUCAGCCCCUCGAAGGGCUUUGUACUUCUACGUGCGAUCUCAGUUGAAUAAGUACGUGCCUGACUUAAGAGGCAUACUGAUCGGCAUUAAUAAACGGUCAGAAGCGAUACAUCCCUCACCGGGAUUGGCGACGCCUCGAGAUGAUGGUGCCCACUGCAUCAUUCGCUUCCUUCCAGAGUAUCCCUUUGCCAGGGUGAAUUUUUCGGUGAAUGCUACUGUCUUUCGUGCCAGUGUUGGUCUCCGUUUGAAUGCUAUGGUCAAUGCCGUCAAGCCUCAACGCAUAAUCUGUCGGUAUGAAGACACUUUUUCGUUCAACAUCAUCAUCCCACUGCAAGGCGAGGAUGCGGAACCUCUUCCAAAUGAAGCAGAAAGUGGUGACCCUGUGUCUAUCUUUCCUCGUGACCUUGUACAAGUGGAAUUAUCACGAGUGGUUUGUCCACCCAUUGGCCAUGGUAUGCACCUCUGGGGUCGUAUUUUGUCUGUUUUGGAGCGGGGAAAUUUGGCCAAGAAGGUACUUGGCCUUCCUUUUGACAACGAAGUAGAGGAGACAGAGACAGCCUCUCAUCUUCAAGUAAAAAAGUCAAAGAAGAGGACUUUAGGUGAAACUGAAGCGCAGGAGGAGAUGACGCCUGUUAAAAAGAAAAAGAGGUCGAAACUGUUGGAAGGGAAUUAUGCAGGAGAGAAUGAAGGUUGUAGUGUUCGGCUUAAUAAAACUGAACAACUUCAAGAGACGUCCGAACUUGUGAUACAGAGGAAUGCAACAUCUGAGAAGGCGGCAAGGAAAAGGAAAUCAAGAAAUCACGAAGUUGCGGAGAAUCCGGUUCAAGCCGUAGAAGAUGAAGCUGGCCUUGAAUUAAUUCAUGACUCACUUGAUCAAUUGAGUCCCGAUCUAGCAACUUUGUCGAAGCACACCAAAGCCGAAAAGCAUGUAACCGUUGAGGGAGAGGUCGUCGAUCUUCACGGUGUAGUGAGGUGCGAGUCAGUAUCUGUCUCGGCGCAAAAUACUUCAAAGAAGCCUCAAACUAUUACUAGAAAGAGAGCGAAGAAGCUUGUUCAUUUGAAGGUGGAUCCAGAUUCUGCCUUAGCGCCAUCGGUAAAUAGAAGGACUUCCAGUGAGUCUACCCUUAACGAAGCUGUUUCAAUGGUGGAGGCAGAGGAUGAGGAAGAGGCGGAAACACCGGUCGCGAGAAAGCGUCCUGCAACAUCCGUUCGUCUGCAAGUGGAUCCAAAAGAAUCGUUACAGCAGCAUUGGUACUUGGUGCGAAAGUUGGAGCAGAGCCCAGACAUUUCCACGUCCUCUGAGGAGGAGGAGGAGGAGGAGGGUGCAGACGUGGCGACUGUAGUUACACGAGGUUGA